AUGGCAUAUUGCCGGCAAGCUGAUCUAAAUCCUAAUAAAUCACAUGAAGAACAGCAUGGGCACCAAGAAUUUCACUCCGUAAAUCAACCCUUUUCUUCUAGUCAAGUCAGUCUAGGUUUUGAUCAGCUAGUAGAUGAAAUCAGUAAUAAAAUUCCUCUCUGUCAGAAUGAAAUUGAAGAAAACAGCUUUUUUGUGCCCAGUACACCAAACUGGGACUUAGAAAAGCAUUCAUUAGAUGAAACACACCAAAUAUCCUUGAAUGAAUUCACUUCUAAAAACCCUGAGCUCUCCCAGCAUCAAGUUAGGAAGACACCAGUAAUUGGUUUUAGUCCUUCUGUGCUACCAAGACUUCAAAACAUGAAUAAAGAAAGCUCCUGGGGAAACCCUGUAGAAAAACAUCAUGGUGCUGGUGACUCCGGAUUCAAUAUAUUAGCUCCAUCAUCCACUAGUUCAUAUAAAAUUAAUCUACAGAGAGAAUUUGACAAUGAAAAUUAUAACUACUAUAUAGGAUUUGAAAGUAACAUUCAUUCUAUAUAUCCAUCCUCAACUGACUUAAUGCCAGAAGAAGAGAAUGAAACGAGUGGACAUAUGAAUAUUGUGGAACCUUCUCUGAUGCUUUUUAAAGAUUCUUUUCUACCCAGGAAAUGGGAAAGCACCUGGCCAAAGAACAUAGAGUCAAUAGGUUGUUCCAUUCAGCUGGCUGAGGUACCUCAAGGCAGUAAUAUGACUCUGGCCUCCUUUUGCAACAAAGUAAAAAAAAUAAGGGAAACAUAUCAUGCAGCUGACAUUAAUUCCAAUUCUGGGAAGAUCUGGAGCACCAUUACAGAAUUUCCAUAUCAGCUAUUUUCUAAUACUAGGUUUAACAUAAAUAUAUUUACUGGUAACUCAACAGAACUACUUCAUUUUACGCCAUAUGCUAAUUGUCUUGUCAAAGACCUAAUUGCAGAAAUUCUGCAUUUUUGUGCAAAUGACCAGUUAUUCCCCAAAGAUCAUCUUCUAAGUAUAUGCGGCUCUGAAGAAUUUUUACAGAAUGAUCGAUGUUUGGGGAGCCACAGAAUGUUUCAGAAAGAUAAAUCUGUUAUUCAGCUUCAUCUGCAGAACAGGGGAGCUCCAGGAAAGUUAUCUCGAAAGCAUGAAGAUGACCACAGUCAGUUUUAUCUGAACCAACUUCUAGAAUUUAUGCAUAUUUGGAAAGUAUCCAGACAGUGCCUGUCAACAGUAAUCAAAAAAUAUGACAUCCACUUGACACACCUAUUGAAAACUCAGAAAGAUGCAGAGGAGAAAAGUUUGCCACCACUCUUUUCCGAUGUUCAAAAUACUUUUCAGCAAAACCUGGAUAACAUUAUUGAAGCAGUUAAAAAAAUAUGCAGUAUUCUGGGGUGUGUGGAAACCAAUCAAAUUACAGAUGCAGUAAAUGAACUAAAUCUAAUUCUUCAGAGGAAAGCAGAGAAUCUUAAUCAAAAUUCAGAGACUUCAACAAAAGAAAGAUGCAGAGGAGAAAAGUUUGCCACCACUCUUUUCCGAUGUUCAAAAUACUUUUCAGUUUUUAGCUAUAAAGCAUUUUCUUUUUCCUGUUGGCUUACUUAUGCUGGAAAGAAGCUGUGCCAAGUAAGAAACUACAGAAAUAUUCCGGUCAAAAAAUUAUUUUUUUUCUUGGUCAACUGGAAUGAAAUGAUCAAUUUUCCUCUUGAAAUAAAGUCACUUCCAAGGGAAUCCAUGCUUACUAUAAAAUUGUUUGGGAUUGUCUGUGCAACCAACAAUGCAAAUUUACUGGCCUGGACCUGUUUUCCAUUGUUUCCAAAAGAAAAUUCUGUUCUUGGGUCUAUGCUGUUCAGCAUGACGUUACAGAGUGAGCCACCCAUAGAAAUGAUAGCUCCAGGAGUGUGGGAUACAAGUCAGCCAUCCCCAGUGACCCUGCAGAUUGAUUUUCCAGCUGCUGGGUGGGAGUAUAUGAAACCUGAUUCUGAAGAGAAUACAAUUAAUCUUGAAGAACCACCGAAAGAGUGUUUAAAACAUAUUGCCAGACUUUCACAGAAACAAUCUCCACUACUACUCUCGGAGGAAAAGAGAAGAUACUUGUGGUUUUAUCGCUACUACUGCAAUGACGAAAACUGCUCCCUUCCUCUGGUCCUGGGUAGUGCUCCUGGAUGGGAUGAAGGGACUGUUUUAGAAAUGCAUGCCAUUUUGAGAAGGUGGACGUUUUCCCACCCUUUGGAGGCACUUGGACUUUUGACUUCUAGUUUUCCAGAUCAAGAAAUCCGUAAAGUUGCAGUUCAACAAUUAGACAACCUCAUGAAUGAUGCACUACUGGAAUAUCUCCCACAGCUAGUUCAGGCUGUCAAGUUUGAAUGGAACCUUGAAAGUCCUUUAGUGCACCUCCUACUCCAUCGUGCAUUGCAAAGCAUCCAGGUCGCCCAUCGUCUUUACUGGCUGCUAAAAGAUGCACAGAAUGAAGUUUAUUUUAAAAGCUGGUAUCAGAAGCUGUUGGCUGCUCUCCAAUUCUGCGUAGGAAAAGCCUUGAGUGAUGAAUUUUCCAAGGAAAAGAAACUAAUCAAAAUUCUGGGAGAUAUUGGGGGAAAAGUCAAGUCAGCCAGUGAACCUCAAAGACAGGAGGUACUGAAAAAAGAGAUCAGCAGACUCGGAGAAUUCUUUCAAGAUGUAAACUCUUGCCACCUUCCUCUGAACCCUGCCCUGUGUGUAAAAGGGAUUGAUCAUGAU